UGUCGGCACUGGUCGUGGCCGCGCGAGGCUCCUCGGUAAUAACAGGCGCGCGCUACGGUAAACGGGCGAGAGCGAGCGGCGGCAGACGCGCAGGGCGUCCACUUACCCAAGGCUAUUUCACAUGGCAUUAUUCAACUUUUCAUUCAUCGCGCUGCUUCACUGAUCUAUCCGUGCACUCCCAGUGACAUAAGCUUGCUUCAUUGGUUAAGUGCGUCUUUGCGUCUUGUGGUGCAUUUUUGUUUGUUGUUUUGUAUUUUUUUUUUUUUUUAAUGGAAGAUGUGAUGUGCAGGUGAUGCGAGAUCCUGUUGAAUUGAGACACGGCGAGACGCAGCCCCAAAGUGCCAAGAUCCUGUUGGAUGCGAAUAAAACUCGACUCCUGAGGAUGACAUGUUCUCUUGCUGCGUGCGUCGUGUGGGUUUUGGAUGCCCAGAGCAGGCGGGGAUUUUUGGGCAAACCUGGGAUUUACAUCCUCACCUAGCUCCGCCGUAUUGUGCUGGAGGUGGAAGCUAAGCAGAUAUUCUCCGGUCUUUUCUCAUCUGUCGCUGGCGUCAAAAUAAUUCCGUGAUUCAUUCGUAGCCAGUGGAGGGGCAGAGGACAGAACAGCACCCCACCACCACCUCCACCACCACCACACACCCUCCUCCCUCAUCCCAAAGAUUGCAACCACGGAUCACUAACAGAACUCAAAGUCGCUUCUUCCUACAAGUAAAACACCUCAGGUGGCGGUGAAAGGUGAAGACAUCAUUUACUCUUCUAAUAAUCUUAUGGAGGACUCUGAAGGCAGCCUGUGCUUUUGGACACCGAUGCAACGCCAUAAACAAACAGGUUCCUUAACCUUUACGCACCUGGACUUGAUGAUGUCAUUGGACCUAUAUUAACACCUUAUGGACUCAGUUGAAUGAUUUCAGUGAAUGUUGCAUGAACAUAAAAUGAAAUUGUAAUCACCGUGCAUGUUGUGAGGGUUUAUUUUUUUUGCCUCAGUGGACUUACAUCUUCCACAAGCCUCAUUGUGGCGUUCCAAGUGCAUUUAUGGACAUUGCUGCACUCACUUUUGAAGUCUUGACAAAUAACUGUAUUUAACUAUACGGUUACAAACUACGCCAACAUGGAGUUUGCUAUGGUCGGAGCAGACAGCAGCGGGUGCAACCCCCACCUGCCGUACGGAUAUGCCCAGGCUCGCGCCAGGGAGAGAGAGCGCGAGCGAGAGAGACAGUCACGGGCGGCGGCGGCGGCGGCGGCAGCAGCUGCGGCGGCGUCCGAGGCCGGGGCGACCGGAGACGGAGGUGGCGGUGGCGGCGGUGGUGGUGGAGGUGGCUCGUGCACCCACCCAUACGGUCAGCCAUAUCAGACUCGCACCGCCUCCUCUAAUAAUGCCAACCAUGGGAGCGGAGGGACUGCCUCGCGCCCCUCCUCCUCCUCCACUCAGCAGGCGCAACAGCAGUACGAGCCUCAGCAGCAACUUCUGAGAGAGCGCAAGAAGCAGAGAGGAGUCGCGCGCUGGAGGCGGCACCGCGCGGCUCUCGGAGGGGACCUGCGCCACUCUGAGUUGGCGCUUCUCGGAUCCGAGGAGGACGUUAUGAUAGAAGAAGACGAGGAGGCCGAGGGCGACGAAGAAGACGACGACGGGGGAAGCAAGAGAUCGAGUUUUAUCUAUAACAUGGACGACGAAGAGACAGCGUCUCUCACGGACAGACGUCCACAGUCCGGAUACGAGAACGUUUACAGCGAGUACGGCUGCUGCGAGAGGGUGGUGAUCAACGUGUCCGGUCUGAAGUUUGAAACUCAGCUCAAGACUCUAGCCCAGUUUCCCGACACGCUCUUAGGGGACCCCGCUAAGCGGAUCAGGUACUUCGACCCGCUGCGCAACGAGUACUUUUUUGACAGGAAUCGACCGAGUUUCGACGCCAUUCUGUAUUUCUAUCAGUCAGGGGGACGGUUAAAGAGACCCGUCAAUGUACCUUUCGACAUCUUUUCCGAGGAGGUCAAGUUCUACGAGCUUGGCGAAGAGGCCAUGAUGAAGUUCCGCGAGGACGAGGGCUUCGUCAAAGAGGAGGAAAAACCGCUGCCAGAGGACGAAUUCAAGCGGCAGAUUUGGCUCUUGUUUGAGUAUCCCGAGAGCUCGAGCCCUGCCAGAGGCAUCGCCGUGGUGUCCGUUUUGGUUAUCGUCAUAUCAAUAGUUAUUUUCUGUUUGGAAACGUUACCAGAAUUCAGGGACGACAAAGAUUUCCUUAGUCCAGGUAAAAACGUGACGCAUACAGACAACGGAUUUACGCCCUUCAACGACCCGUUUUUCAUUGUGGAGACCGUGUGCAUUAUCUGGUUCUCAUUUGAGAUCAUUGUGCGCUUUUUUGCCAGUCCGAGCAAAGCCUCUUUCUUCAAAAACAUCAUGAACUCUAUAGACAUUGUCUCCAUUUUGCCUUAUUUCAUAACUCUGGGCACGGACCUCGCGCAACAGCAAGGCAACGGGCAGCAGGCCAUGAGCUUUGCCAUCUUGAGAAUAAUCCGACUGGUCAGGGUUUUCCGGAUCUUCAAGCUCUCCCGACACUCCAAAGGACUCCAGAUUCUCGGGCACACUUUGCGCGCGAGCAUGCGCGAGCUGGCGCUGCUCAUUUUCUUUCUGGUUAUUGGGGUGGUGCUGUUCUCCAGCGCCGUGUACUUCGCUGAGGCGGACGAGCCCAAGUCACAGUUCACGAGCAUCCCGGACGCCUUUUGGUGGGCCGUCGUUACCAUGACGACUGUAGGCUAUGGAGACAUGAAGCCCAUAACAGUCGGCGGGAAGAUAGUGGGCUCGCUGUGCGCCAUCGCCGGCGUCCUCACCAUCGCGCUCCCGGUGCCAGUCAUCGUCUCCAACUUUAAUUACUUCUACCACAGGGAGACUGAUAAUGAGGACCAGGCUCCUGCGGUUGAGUACCCGCCCCCGGGAUGCCCGUAUUUCCCGGAUUUCCUGAAAAAGUUCAAAGGAUCUCCAUCCGGGUCCUCACUGGGCGACAAAGCCGCCGAGUACAUGGAGAUGGAAGAAGGUGUCACGGAGUCACUUUGCGGCAUAGACAAGCAGAGCCCGAGCAGAGGGAACGGCACGGACAUUGGCAGGAGAAACAGUACACAUUCAAGAAGCAUACAGACAGAUGUAUGAUUAUAAAUAUCACAUUGAUGACUUUCUGUGGAGGGUUUCGUGAAGAUGAUUGCACAAUUCACUUAUCAGCACACAUGCACGCCCAAGUGCGCAAAGUCGCGCGCUUGGACGCACACCCCCACACAAACGCGCGUAUUACCAGACAUGCACAAAAAAAAAGCACGCACGCACGCACGCAGGCACACGUUUCAUUUCUUAUGGACCUAGGCUGAAACAUUCUUUGCAAUGUGGCUACUUUUCUAGAGAAACACACCCUGUAAUCGAAUAACAGGCGACGCAAAAAUCACCAGCUUUACGUAACAUGGGGAGGUGUGAGUUCUGGCCCAUCUACACUGUAGGCAGAAUUUCCCGGUUUAAAAGAACGGAACAAACAACAAGUAUUUUGCAUAGGCACUUUAUAAGUUACAUUUUGUCAGAAGACGUCAAUGUUAGAGCAGGAAGCGAGCUGUUAACGUAAGGUUGUUAUGCAAUAAAGUUUAAAUCAUUUGCACUAUCAUUAAAUAUGUUCUAUUCUCAAACCAGAUUAAACCAGAGAUUACCAGACACACGUCUUUGAGAGAGAGAGAGAGAGAGAGAGAGAAUUCAAUAACUAUUUAGUAACAGAUGUUACGAAGUACAUGCAAAGUCUCAUAUUUUAUGGAAACUCAGCAAAUUAGUCUGACAGUAGCAGCACGAUGCCACAUUAAACUGCCCUCUGGUAACACUUAAUUUAUCCACUACAUUAAAGUCAGAGGCAUUGAAUUAUUUUAAGAGCGUUAAACAAAUCAGUCAUCUUGCCAUUUUAAACAUUUUUUUACCACAAUUCUGGGAUCAACACUUAAGUGUAGAUGUCACCCCUUAGAUAUAGCUAGGCCAAAAUACCGGUAUUGCAUCUCAAAAUAAUUAUCAUGCACAAGUGUCUCUGACGCCAUGGCUGAGAAGGGACAGACCUGUCAUUUGGGUCAUAGUGCUGCCACGGGAAUAUGUUUUUAUUUUAGAAGGGAAUGCUUCAUGCAACUGUUUACUUUGCGUCCCUUUAACCAAAAUGACAAUGUAUCCCUUUACAAGGACGCCGACGGGAAAAGAAACAACAACAGCAACAACAACAACAGCAGCAGCUCUCGUGGAAACAUGAACUGGCGCUCCGCACUUGUGCUUUGGUGGACUUUAUGCACAAAAAUCACUUCUGGAUGGAAAACCGGUCUUCCUGGAGCGCGUGCAGGGACCACACGGUCUCACCGGAGCGCCUCACUGUGCAAGGUAAGCAGUCUGAAUGGAUCAUUAUUAAUUUUACAACAAUAUAUUCGCCAGGAUUCGUAAAAAAAGAAUCACAGCACAAAGAUGAGCACAUCAAAGACACACUUUUCCAGUUUACACGAGCUUAACUUCAGGAUGCUCACACAUUCUCGUGUCGAGUUGUACGCAUGCGCCCGCACGCGCUUGUUGGUUCCUGUAGCUGGGUGACGCUGCACGCUCGCGGUGAAACAGGAGCUAUGGAGGAGCGUUCAAUAACACUAGUGUUCAGAUGUGUUCAUGACACGUUGAGUCGCUGAUAUCUAAUGAAUCAACACAUGCAAAGGGGGCAGAAUCAGAUGAGAUGUAAUAUUUUACACAUUUCUCAGUGAAGCACUCAGAAAUUAACAACAUAUCUCUAGAUCACACAUUCCCAGCCCUGGUCAUGGAGUAUGUAGUGUUUUCCCUGCUUCCAACACACCUAAUUAAAAGAAUUAGCUAAUUAAUAAACAUUCUGUGUGUGUAAGAGCAGGGAAAAACACUAAAAUGUACAGGACUGAGAGUACUCUAGGACCAAGGUUGCAAAUCUGUGCUCUAGAUGAAGGUUUUUUCCUUCUGUAGGAUGCGUCCUUACUUGGUUGCCUUGGUAACAGAGAGUCGCCCUUCCCGCCUCAUUAACUGUCUUGAGUUUCUUGUUUAGACUGUGCAGUCUAUCAGUUGCCACACAGGAUAAUUGCUGUCAAAGUCGAUUAAUUGCUCAUAGAUGACAUAACUAAUGUUAAAAAAUAGCCUAUUAACCCUUAAUAUGAAUGAAAAAAAAAUCCACCGAUGAGUUAAUCACAUCAAGUGCUGGCUUUAAACUGGAGAGGUAGACUAGUGUUAGUGUCAGAUUACAAAAGCGAUCCAUUUCCACUUGUGCUUGAGCAACCGAUGAUAGGAAUCAUUUAAUGUAAUCAGACCACAGAACCAGUGUGCUAUUCCUGUUAAUGAAGAGGCUAUUCCUUUGUGAAAAGAAAUUGUAUCCUUUAUAACCCAUGCUUAACCGCAAAAGCAGCUGACCAAGAAUACAUUACCAGAGGUCUAUCACAUGUGCAUAGGAUUUCUAAAAAUAAAUUCAGGCAUUCAUUAUAUUCAAGAAUCCCAUUAUUGUAUUCAUACGUUGUCUGAAUUCGUACAGCACAGAUGGUCAUGUUGAAAGAACUAACUGAACACCUCACUAUAUGUUCUCCAAUAUUGUAUAUUAUCAAAAUAUUUGCAGUUUUUAUGAGUUUUGUCGGGGUAUUUGGAGUAUCAUUACUGAGUGAACAGUGUGAAAUAAAUAAAUAAAUAAAUGUGAGGCUUUAGUUUGCAGUCUGCAUUACAGGCUGUGCUGAUAUAUACAUUUAUUUAUUUAUUCAUUCAUACAUCUUCAGUAACUGUUUUAUCCCAGUCUGGGUCAUGGAGGAUCCAGAGCCUAUCCCAGGAAUACAGGGAGUGAGGCGGGAAUACACCCUGGAUGGGAUGCUAGACAUCACAACACACACAAACGCACACACACACAAACCUAGGGGCAAUUUAGCAUAGCCAAUCCACCUACUAGCAUGUUUUUGGGAGGAAGGACAUGGGAAAACCUGGAGGAAACCCAUGUGGAUACAGGAAAAACAUGCAAAACCUAUUUUUGUGAGAAAGUGGGAUUUGGGUUUCGGGUGAGUUUCAGGGGGGAUCUGUCAAGGUGAAAGAUAUGACUGCUUUAAAACAACAAAUUGCAAGUGGCAAAAGUUGGGUAGUGUGAGCGAUUCCGAGAUUUUGAAUGUCUUGAAGUGUCCACUUGGCUCAGGAUUGAGUUUAGGAUUGAAUUUCAGGCCGAUAUGAAGCACAGUCUAUAUAGUUGCAUUGAUACAGUAUUGUAAUUUACUGUAUAUCAUGUCUCACACCCAAUUCUGUCAGUAACUUGGCCCCACUACACAUUUAAAAACCAUGUAAACAAGAUAUAUAGAUGCUCUCUUUGGCAUCCACCAUAUGUAAUGCUGCAUCACAAGUGCCUUCUAGAAAACAGCUUUCUAGCCGAGUGGUCCUUAUUUCCCGAGAUGUUGUUCCUGUGCUGUCAUAAUGACAAAUGUUGUUUACAUCAAUUUGUGUUUAUGAGGGGUGAAAUGACAGUGUAAUGGCAUAGCGGGUUAAGUGUUCGCAUCACUCUCGCCAAGGUUAUGAUGGCGCUGUGUGUCAGCGUAAAACCUCUCUGAAUCUUGCUUAGGCUACACUGGACCAGAGCUUGCUCUCUGUGCUAGUCAUUGGAUCAUCAGGUUUUAAUAUUGAUCAGACAUAUUGUGUAAACUCAGACACUGCUGACCAGCAUGAAAGCAAAAAGGACUGCUUAAGCAUGUGGCUGAUUGGCAAAAUGGAUGCCAGAAUAAGAGAACAGCAAGGUUCCUGGUGGGCUUGCUCUUCAAUUUGGCUCCUUUAAUGUGCAGUGAGUAAGACCAGUCCUUCAGGCUUUGGGAGCACCCAUCCAUCUGUGAGCAGAAUGGUCAUGACUCACAUCAGCUCUCUGGAGUAGGAAAACUACAAGUCACCAUAUAUUAAAAAAACAGAAGAUAUUAACAUGUUUAUUGAGUCCAAAUAAGAGUAAAUACCCGAAGUCACACCUACUGGCAAGUUAAUGCAGUCAGUCUAUUUCCUGGCAUGUUUUUGGGUGGUGGGAGGAAACUGGAGAACCCAGAGAAACCCCACACAGAUAUGGAGAGAAUAUGUGAAACUCCACACAGACACUAAUCAGACUCAGAUGAAACAAGGGACCCAGGAGCUGUGAGUUGGCAAUGCUACCCACUGCACCGUAGUUCCUCCCAUAAAUAAAAUAUACAAAUCAUGCAUCAAUGCUUAUCAAAGUGUUAUUAGAUUAUGAAUAAAUAUGUGAAAUCAUUUUGAUAACCAGCAUCAUCCACCUUGGUCUAGUCAUGGCAUUUAAUUGGUCAUUAAUUGUUCGCUUUUAAAUUGGUACUGAAAUAAUAAAUACUGAUAAAUUCAGUUCUGUAUUUUUGGCUAAAUUUCUCAUAUUUUUAUUAGUCCAUUUAAAUAUUUUAAAACUUUGUCCCUCGUCAUCUGAACAGAGUGUGUAAGUGCUCUUCUCAGUUUUAAUGAUGUGACGGCACGAGAGUGUCACAGACAUUUUGACAGCUGGUGAUCACAAGCUAAAUUAAACUAAUCGUGACACUGACUGCAUGAGGAGAUCACACUUAGCUAGCAAGGCUUUAGACAUCUUUUGGGCAGACCGACUGUUUUUACCACUGCAUUUGUUAAACUAGCUCCUUACCCAUUGUAAUCUAUGCAGAUUUUUUGGCUGUUUUGGCAGAUGUUUUGCAUUUUUGGCUGUUAAGUAGAAUUCAGCCACAGUGGGAUCCAACUGGGUUCCCAGACCACCAAACAAAUACGAUAAAGUGAUUAAUUUAAUUUGAAGCUAAAGUGUCCAAGAUUCCAUCAAACUUUAAAAAUGUGAAAUUUUUAGUACUAAAAAUAGAUUUUAUGUUGUCCUUGCCCUCUUAAAGUGGACUGUUGAGCUUAGAAACAAUUUCUUCCUCACUUUCUCUCUCAUUCUCUAUCUGACAGGACAGGUUCCUAAUUAGAUAGAUCCAAUAUCUUAUUUCUUUUUCACACACCAAUUAACUGAAACUCCCAAUUUAAAUUUGAGACACAAAGGCACUAAAUUAGUACUUAUCAUGUCACUAAAUCCCAAGGUCCUUCAGUGGGACUGUGUUGUAUUAAACUCACAUUACUUCUGCGCUGACAGAAUACAUUAACAUUCUUUAUUAUUGCUAUAAACCCUAAUGUUUUUGCUAGGAUUUUUCUUCUUCUCAGUAGGUAGUAGUCUGUCUUAUGAGCCAGUAACCUCUUAACAGAUAUUUCACAGUGUCAGAGUUGAGCUUCUGUCACGAAACCUAUACAGUAUGUUCACCUCUGUAGUGUUCUAUGUAACUUGGCAAGAACUGGCCAUAGUGGGUGCUAACUGUGAAGGGUGCUUGGACCCCACAGAUUGUCAUUUGCAGCUAUAGAUUAUUUUAUAAUUGCAAUGAAUUGAUACUGAUGUUCUUAAUCAUAUCUUAAUAAUAUACCAAAACAACCAUAAAAACUGUCACUGAGUGGGAGAAUUGCCAUCAUUAUUCACCAAACAGGGUUUUUAUUUCCUGAAAGGAAAGUUUGGAAGCUGUAUGAAAGAUUAAACAGCUAAUGGGGCUUUUGGCUGGCAUUCUGCCACUGCUAGUGCUAACACAAGUUAAAUGUGUUGCAUGAUUACACUUACCCAGGCUCAGUUUCCCCAAAGCAGUGUUUAAAAAUGCCACAACUUCAUCUAUACCCACACUUCCAUCUUAAAAUGAUCAGUGUGCAUCUGUUGUUCUCAGAAACCCAACAUCACUCUGUGCAUUUGUGCUCUUUGUGACAUAAAAGCACUAUUUUAUCCAACAAAAACUAAAAGACCUGCCUAGGCAAUGACUUUUAUAAAACUAAUUUAGAAACACCAUCAAUUUAGAGAGCCACGAUGACACAUGCGUCUGAACUGUGCAGAAUUAAUGUUUGCUAGACUUUGCUGUUUUCCUAAACAAAAUAACAUUUAUUAAAAAGAAUGCAUAUGAAAAAUCCCCUUUAAGUGCUUUAGGCAUGCUUUACCCUUUAUACAGCUCCUGCAGAGCUGUGACCUGACAUCACUAUCAAUAUUUUUAUUGAAACUACUUGCAAAACAAAUGCAAAACAAGUUCCACCACACACUACACAGCAGAUUAACGGCAUGCUGUCAUAACACAACCAUGGCUCAAUAUUAAAGACGUGUAUCAACAAUAAUAGAUCCAAGAGUUAUUAUAAAACAUGCCUUUUUGAUCAAAUUUCUCAUAACUUUGACUAGUGUGAGUAUCUGGGUUAGCAUUUGCAUGGAGAAGGGGUGGGAGCCAGACAUAAUUUGGCACUCAUCCGACAGAAAGCAAUCAUCAUUGCUCUUUUCAGAGCAUUAAUUAGUUGAUAUGCGUGCUGUCUACUGGGGAAAUAUGAUACACCAGCACAGCCGCCAUGUUCAAAGCCCUGUUAAAUGAUCACUUUCCUUGCAUAGACAUUUAACUCAUCUGAUGAUAGGCAAAUAAACAAGCAUAGGAGAGUUUAAACAAUCUUAUGCAGAUGGCUCUCUUGGAAGGUUUUCACGAGUGAGUGUUUGAUUGUUUGAGAUUUAAUGAACUCUUUCUGGUUGUUUUCUGACUCCACCCCAAUCCAAAGCUAUGUCGUAAAUCCCAUACUUUUUUGCAUUUUAAGUGCAACUACUGUUGGAGGAGCACCUUUGGAGGAGGACACAAAAAGAAAUGUACUGAUGUUUUAAAAAGAAAAUGUAUUAGUUUACAUAAAUAUGGAAGUCAAAUGUCUCCUAACAGAUAAAGUUAAGGAUUGUGUUGUUUAUUUAUUGUAUUUCAUUAUUCUUGGGGGUUAUUUUUAUUGUUCUGUUUGACUCUUAUUUGAUGUACAUAUGUUAGAUGAAAAUGCUUACUGUAUCUUUAAUACAUUCAUUUGAAGUCAAGCACCUUUAAUGUGCACUCAAAAGAGUGUUUUUUGGUCAAAAACAUAAGAAAAACAAACACUAAGUACAAGACACAGAACUUAUGCACACUCAGGAGUUGGCAAGACUUCACAAUGAAGCUCUGCUUUUGUUAGCCUUAUACAGUAUAGUCUAUAAAGAGGAUGUAGCUUAGAAGUGCUCAAUUACAAUUCAGGGGAGGGAGACCUCUGCUGAAAAGGAAGUUUAAUGUCCUGACCUGAUGUGACAGUCUAGUUACCCCCAAAAGUGAAAAAUGGAGGAAACUGCAUGUAAAUAUUCCAUUCUGAUGGUGACACAGGAGCACCAGGGACACUUUGAAAGCCGGUAUCCCAUUACAAACGCAAUUGAUUACAGUUCUGUCCGAAUAAAGCCUGAAUAAAACUUUGACUGUGUGAGGAAAUCGCACAUAGCUUAGUAAGGUUUUAGACAUCUUCAGGCAAAAUGUUUUACCGCUGCAUUUGUUAAACUGGCUCUCAGCAUGAUCUUCACAGGAAGAAACCCUAGACAAGAUUACUAAGUAAAUAAAAACAGUAGUUUUGGAGAUAUAUAUUUAUGGUUUCUUACAGUCUGUAUACACCAAGUGCUACACUACAGAUGGUGUAAGCACAAAUUGGGAGCAAGAUGUUCAAAGUGAACAAAUUGGAUUUGAAAAUUAUGAAGGUUCUUCUAGCUAAGUUUAAUGAUGUUGUGAACAUGUAGUAAUCUGUCAUUUCUGUACAGUGCAAAAUGCAAAUAAUGUAAAUAGUAACAUUCCAUCAAAAAGCAAAUUAAUCAACAGUCAGUAUGUAAUUCAUAUAAAUUAUAAAUCUACAAACAGUAACAAAUAGGAAUCCAUUCAGACAACUUGCACUUUUUGAAAAUAACAGAUAACAUAUGUAAAAGUAAACCAUUUAAAAAAAGAAUUAUGUUUUUGUUUUAAGGAGUAAAAAUAAAGAUAUUUUACUGUCUCAAAGCAGCUUAUCCACCACUGAAAAAAGAAAAAAAUGGGAUGACAUUGCAGAAUGAUGAAGUGCAUGCAGCUACCACAGUGGAACAGGCCAUGACGUCUACAACAAAUGGCAGGACUUUUAUAGAUUGGCAAAGAGGAGGACUGCAGAGUUGCGGACAGACAGGGGAAAACUCGGGGAGGACAGUCAUGUACUCAGCCUCUUACCCCAGAAGAAGAGCAAGCACUAGCAAUACUGAGUCUGACAGUGUCUUUUGGAAUAAGGCAAGGAAUUAAUGUCCGUGGAGAAGAGUUAAGACUUAUCUACAUCCCCUCUGCCCGCCUCUCUCCAUAGCCUGAACCCCUUAGACAUGCAUAUAGUCCUGGUUUAGCUGCUGAGUCCUUAUAGCAGGAACCAAAUUAGUGGACCACAUAGGGCAGAGAGGUCCAGUAGGUGCUAAUAGGCAUGAGCUAGUAUUAACAGACCAAGAGCAUGUUCUCGUAUAAAGGCAUGAUACACUAUGUGGGCAAAAGUUUGCGGAUACUUGACCAUCACACUCAUAUGUAGAUCUUCCCCAAAAUGUUGCCACAAAGUUGGAACCAAACAAUUGUAUAGAAUAUCUUUAUAUGCUAUAGUAUUACAUUUUUACAAUUAUUGAAACUAAAUGGCCCAAACAUGUUCCAGCUUGAUAAUUCUCCUGUGCACUUUUCAAGCAAGGUCCAUGAAGACAAGGUUUGCCUAGGAUGGCGUGGAAGAACUCGAGUAGCCUGUACAGAGCCCUGACCUCAACCCCACUGAACACCCUUGGGAUGAACUGGAACACCGACUGCACCCUCAUUGCCUCACUUUACUAAUGCUCUUUUUGGCUGAGUGAGCAAAUCCCCACAGCCACGCUCCAAAAUCUAGUGGAAAGCCUUCCCAGAAGAGUGGAGGUUAUUAUAACUGCAAAGGGGGGACUGAAUCCAGAAUGGGAUGUUCAGCUCAGGUAUCCAGAAACUUUUGGCCAUAUAAUGUAUGAAACAUCUUCAAUAUCAGAACCAAUAAUCUUUCCCACUGAACAAAAAGAGUGACCUGGUAUUCACUAAGUGAAAACUUCUUUGCAUAUUUCGAUCAAUUAAUCUUAAUUAACUACAAUUUCUCAUCUCAUCUGACAGCCUGGCAGAAAAUAUACAGUUUAUAUUGCAUACGCAUUUCUUUUUUUUUUUUCCUAUUUUUUUUUAUAAUGAAUUAUUUUCCUAAAUUUGUGCUUCUAGCUUUAUGAUUUCUUGCUUUAUAUUGUUCAAAUAUUUAGUUGGCAUCCUUUAAUGAGAUCAUUUCUGCAGAGUGUUUAAUAACAGAAAAUAUGAAAAAAAAAAAAAAAAUUACAUUUCCCAACAGACCCAGGAAAAAUUUACUUAAGCAUCAACUGAAACAUCUUAAUAAAAAAACCCUUAGCUGUGCGCCCACACUAGCCUGGCGUUUCCCUUCUGUCUUCAGGUCAGGAAGAGUAAUAUUCUCCUCUGUUCUUUUUUGUUCUCCAUCUCAUAUUCCUCUUGGACUUCCCCAAUAAUUGAAUUCUAUUUUAUUUGUAUAGCACUAAAAACAAACAUUGUUGCAAAGCAGACCUCUAAUGAGCAAGCCAAAGGCAACACUGGUAAAAAAAAAAAAGAAAGAAAGAAACCUCAUAAGAAACCGUGAGAGGAAGCACAUUCUCCUUUGGGUGACAAUGGAUAGUGUGAUUUUGUGAUUAUUUACAAUACAAAUUAGGAGUGUGUCAGAUUUUACAGAAACAUUGUCCAGCAUUGCGCACACAAAUGUUCUUGCACAAGUCCUCUCUGGUGUUGCUCUAAACCUUAUUUCCCACCAUUUUUCAUGACCUUUGGUGGGCAGUGUUGAAACACUUCUCAGUUUUGGUUCAUGGGUGAGCAGUGGGUGUUAGCAAAUGCAUUCAGAGAGGAUAUCCACUAUCACCCAGUAGCCAGCCAUUUCCAAGUCUCCAUUUCUUGCUCUCUGGCAGAGUUGGCCCAGAUGACUGCUUUAUGACUCCAGCUGACCACAAUGUCAGUAAAGAGUCUCUGGUGAAUUUAUAAUAAUAUCUCAACAUUUAAGUGUAACUUGGAUUCAAGAGUUUGGGUGCAGUGGGAACAGCAUGAAUAGUCUUAUAUACCACAGUUUUGCUAAGUCCAUGGUUGUCGCUGAUGGUUUGAGGCAUAGUGCUUUUAGAAGCUGGAGUCAGCACAAAGUUUCGGGAGACAUCUAGCGCCAAAUGGGCUUCUAUUCAAUUUUAAUGAAAUAAGAAUUCAACCCCUGGCAGUUAGAUGCAAUUAUAGAGACAAUAUAAAUUGUUGCCAAAAUUCCCAGGUGCCCAUGAACCAUUUUUUGUCAUCUGAACAAAGUUUAUCAUCAUUAUGCAUCCAGAAGUCUUAUUUAUUUAAUUGUAUUAUAUAAAUACAAACAUACUACAAUAACUAGCAAUAAUACUUGUAUUUUAACUCAACUAAUGUCAAAGCUAGACUAGUACAUGCCUAAUCUCCAUUGUAGCUAGAAUCUUUUCCAACUCAUUCAGCCAUCAUUAUAGCACAUCAAAAACAGCACAUUUGUUAAUGUUUACUUUUUACUAUCGUACUGUAUAUACUCGGAAAAUCAAUCUAACAAGACAGUUUGGACAACUCCUAGCCAACUAAUCAAUUCCACCAAGAGGGCUCUGCUCCAAACCAAGCGGCAAUUCCUCGAAAAGUAAUGUAACAUUAGCUCAAUUACAUUUUUGGCAAGUGAGUAGUACUUGCCAUAAAUGUAACUGAGCACAUGUAAAUCUUACAUUACAUUUUGGCUUAUAGUUUUCAUCCUCAAUUCAUUUGCCACUAUUACCAUGUGCAUAUUCAUGUAAAUAAACUCAAAUAAAGCCAGGAACUUGCUAGCCAAUUUAGUUGUCCAGGUUUCCUGACAUGUUGCUGUACAUUGCCCCUCAGAGGUUUUAGGGUUUUAGGAUUCUCACAUUUUGACAUUUGUGUUGGACUUUAGUGUUCAGCCUUUGGAGGCUCCCAUAAUCUUCAAUGCCCCAGGAAAUUUCAAGUGUUGCCAGUCCUGUGGAUACACCUGUAUCGGCAGUCUGUACUUCAUCGAGAAUUUUCAAUAGACACAGACAUUAAUUCACUGUGAGGCAUGUAUUUCUGCUGCGUAUUUAUGUGGACACUGUUGGGGAUGCUGACUCUGAGUCACAAUAUUUGUACUACCAUUGCCAUUUUUCACAUCACCUGGUGUAGGCUUUAUAUGAUUCUAGAUGGUCAGAUUGAAACUUGCUUUCACUGAGUCAGUUUAAAUAUGAAUCGUAUUUGUUUUCAGGCUUCAAUUUGAAAUACUAUGUUUUAACUAAAGCUGAGUUUACGCUGUACAAUGUUUCGCUGAUUUUGGUGUCAAAGACAAAAAUUGUAAAAGAGUUAUUUAGUUAUGAGUUGAUUUCGGGGGUCUUAGAACACAACGUGACGUGCUCAGCUGAUUUAGUAUCAACAAAGUCCUUUCAGAAAUUUUUUUAAAAUUAAAACCUCAGAGUGGGAUCAUUGUUAUUCUGCUCAUUUAAAACCCACCAAUAGGAGGUCAGCAUGGGAUGACACAAAACUCAUAGGACAGCUACAAAUACUGUAGUGGCAAUAGACAAAAGCAAACAAAACACGCUAAUAGAAAGAAAAAUACGCUUAUUACCGCAAGAACAAGAAUGUUUCUAUUUAUGUGAAACCAUUUUCUAUAUGAGCCCAAAUCAGGCUGAUUGAUGUCAUAAGCAGAAAGUAAUAAUUUUCUUUAAUCACAGGUCUAUUGUCAAAGGAUCUUCAUCGCAUAACCUGACAUGGAGAGCGUUAUUGCACAGUCUGAUACAGAAAUCGAUCAAGAUUUUAUCAGGAUCAUCUUGUACAGUGUGACAUGUAAUGAUCUUAAGACCAUUAAUUGCACAGUCUAAAACUGGCAUAAGUGGGCUAUUGCUUGUUACAGAUUUAAAGAUUAACAACAAAAACAAUAUUUUAGUAUGAAUUCUUAAACAGAAAAGAGUUGUAUGGGUAUUAGAACAUUUUUAAAAAUGUCUCAUUGGAAAUUAGUGAUUCUUUUAGUCAUGGGAAAAGAAACACAAAAACAAGUUAACCCUUGGUGGGUUAACUUGGUGGUUCCAAAUUUACAUUUCUCACUCUUGUAGCUACAUACAUUUUCUAUUAGAUUUAGUUUUACGGUGGUUUACUGUAAUAAUUCAUAGUAGUUAUUAAAUAAAAACUUUAAGGGCUGAAGAAAUAUCCUGAUAGCUUAUGAACAGCUUUGGAUGAUGUACGCAAAAAAUUAAUAAUUUUUACAUUCGAGUUUGAAGAAACUCAGCCCAUAUGGUCAUGAAUUUGUUCUUAUGAUGGCUAUAUAUUGUCUCUUAUUAUUGGUAAACAUGAAGAUAAAGUACAGAAACAGAGAUGCACACUCUGACUCAGAAACUGCUGUAAUAAUUCUCUGUGGUUUAUGAGUUAUUGUUACAGUUAUGUAUACUUAAUCAUUUGUAAAGAUCUUUUGAAGGAUCACUGGUUUUGCUGUUACCAUUAGGCAUUUAUUAGACUUAAAGAACUACUGAUGUGAAUAUUGUGGCUGGAGUUGAGGAUUUGUGCAGGGUCUGGGUGUUUGUUUUGGACAAAAAGCCAUGGUUUCUCUUGGGUAGCCGUACAUUUACAGGCAGAAAUAGGAAGGAAAUAACAAAUUUCUGGGAGAGACCUGUUCCAGUGAUUGAUUUAGAAGUCCCUACAGCUGGUUCUACAGUGGGUUUUACACACUCGUAUUUUACUCACGAAUAAUGUCAGACAGGUUCUCUAAAGAUCUCUCUCUAUACAUAAGGUGUGUGUUAAGAAUGAUGAUAAAUAUGUUGUUACUGUUAUUUCGCAUGAUAAGCAUGAUAAACAUGUAAGAGAUGGCGGGGCAGUAUGUCACAUCAUAUACAGGUUAGAUAUAUUUUGCCUUUUUUUUUUUUAUAAGCUUUGAGUGAAGAACAUACAGUAUGUUAUAUAGAUAUCACUGAUUUGUUCCACUACUUAUUGCAAAGCAGUAUGUAAUAUGUUGGAGCAGAGACUGCUUGAAUAAUAAUAUCUUCUGAAGGCUGAAUUAAUUCUACCUUUUCUGAGUCUGACCAUGUACUCACUCUCAUAGUUCACAUCUGUUUGCGUUCCAUCUGUUUGUGUCCUUCGGGUUGAUGUUGUCCUUGGUGAAGACUUGGUGUCAGUCACACACAAAAACCGACAGACACACACCCACUACUCCAAGGUCUUCUAAAGUACUAUUCAGAUGGGAUAAGAUUUCCAGACAUAUGUACGUUAAGUAAUGAUGCCAGAGGCUGUUUGUAGUAAUUAUGAUCAAUUCACAUGGGAUCAAAUCACAUAUGAUCAAAUCACAGAGAUGGGAGUGUUUUCACAAUGUACGUAUUGUCAUCACGUAUUGUUAUUUUAAUAAAAACUGAUUGUUUUGGCCUUUUGUUAUAAGUGCUUGUUGUAGGGCUUUGGCAAGUUUCUUUUAACCAAUAGGUCACAUGACAAUAACAUGACAGUAGGCUAUACUAUACUAUAAUAAGUAACUUACCUAAAACCCACAGAAGUGUUGCUUGGUCAAUACCUAGUUAGUACCCUGCUUCCUGAAGUGUGUUCAUACUGAAGAAAAAGUGCAAAACCUCUUUUCCCACAGGAUAUAUUUGAAUCUUUAUCAACAUUCCAUGUCCAUUCAGACAGGAUACAUGUACUGUAUAUUGCAUAUAGUUAUUUCUACUUGUCAUUUUAUAGAAGGUAAAAUACGGCAUAAUCCCCACAUAUGAAUGGGCAGUCUUUAAAUAUUACUGACAUGACAGAGUUUGGGUGGGACUAAAAUCCCAGAGAUACUCUGGUAAUAAUUAUAUUACGCCACCUCCCCUUGUAAAAAUAGUCCACUAUGAAUAGGCCUUAACACGCCAGUAGGUGUGGGAAUAAGAGCAAUUCCAUCAUGUUCAUGUUGCUUCACAUUGCGUGUAUCUAAUGCUUAAUGCCUAGAGCCAGGGGCAGUGUUGCAGGGCCAGAUGGUCCUGACUCCUCUGAUGAGAGACCUGAACUCAGCGUUACACACGGAGAUGCCCCUUUGGUCCCUGGCUCUACGCUGGAAGGCGACGCAUCACGUCUGCCUUUUUGAUGCACAUCAAACAUGAUGAAGGGCAGGACACUCUGCUUUUGCACUUUUGCCCGCCCAACCUCUGUGGAGCAACAUCCAAAUGAGAAACAAAAAGCUCCUGGAGCCGUGCGUGCCUCCCUGUGUGUGUGUGUGUGUUGUCUUGCACGCGAAAAAAGGCCGUGCGCGACAAAAAGUAUUUUUCAAUGUCACUAUAUAGUGAAUGCCAACCUCCAGCGACUGACCUGUCGCUCUAUUUAUAAUGAUGCAUUACACAUUAUUGUGCAGCAAAACAACACCUGGCUAAGCCGGCAGUUAUUUGUGAUGCCUCUCGUUCACGUCGUUCUCAGUUCACUGGCAUGCCCUCUGCAUCAUGCUGCAGAAAGCCAGCGCCAGCCUCCAGCAUGUUUAUUAAAAUUAAUUAAAUUCAGAGUGGAUGUAAAACCAUUCUCUAAAUGUUUCUGUGAAAUCAAUUGAUUCUUUCCCUGAAAUGCUGAGUUGGCUAAAAAGUUAGGUGUGGAUUAAAUCAGAAACUUGCCAGAUGCCAAAGUUCUGUCGAAGACCAAUUCAUGGUUCGGUUUUAAAUAAGGCCACAAAUAAUUGUUUCAGGGUAAUGUUUACAACCCAAGACCAACCACACAUGGAAAAGGCCUUCCACUGAACCAUUACUGUGUAUAACCAUGUGUUGUUACAGGAGCCAAAUGGAAAACUCUGGAUUUACAGUCUACUGGUAUAAUUUGAUGGUUGACUGCUAAAAACCGCAUUAAAGAUGAAAUGUUUUAAAGUACUCCUGAACUUAAACCUACUUCUGACUCCUUUUGGAUGGGCUGAUUGUGAUUAUAUAGAUUGGUAUCUGGGUCAAAUUUGUUAAUAGAAUGCAAAAUCUUUCCAUCAAACAGACUUUCUUGUUACUUCUGAAUCAAGGAGUGUUCUGUACGAGCGUAGAACUUUUGGCCACUGAACUUGCAUGCCAAGAUAGCAAGCUAGCUAGUUAAUAUUAAUUUUAAUUAAUGUUAAAUGAAUCACAAUAAACAUGACAUUUUAAAUUGAGGCUAUAAUACUGAAAUCCAACUUGUGUCUGCUACAAAUGUUAUACAUUGGUUAAUUAGCCACCUAGCUAAGUGAGCCUAUUUUAGUAAGGAACAGAAUUGUGGUUAUGUGGUUAGGUACUGUUAAACAAAUCACUAAGAAUAUGACAGUUCAAUUUUUGUGAUACUUAAAAUCUACUCAUGUCUACCUGGGCCAAAAUAAAGCUAGGUUGCUAGCUAAAUAGCAAGCUAGUUAAGUUAGUCAUGAAUAAAAUUGUCGCUAUGAUGCAAACCUUGAUGCUGUUAAUUAAAUCACUGAGAUUGUGACAAUGCAAAUUGAGACUCCGGUACUGAAAUCCGACUUGUGUUUACAUGUGACAUAUUAGAGCUAUGUUACUAGCAAUUCGUUUUUUGGGAUUUUAAUUCCACUAUGUGUAACCACAGAUCCAUAGAUUUUUUUUUUUUUGGAGAGAGAGAGUAAAGAUGCAGAGAUGUUCUUGGGCCUUUUUUUUGGUCAUUAUAAAACAUAUUAGAAUUUAGUUAGGUUAUUUUUAACUUAUUUAAAGGCUUUUUGUUCUGUCUCCACUAAAUCACAUUGUAAAUAAUGACUAUGCCAUAAAUAGAUUGUUAAGCACUGGUCAUAUAUCACUACUCCCCUGUCUCUCUUACCAUCCUCUUCUUUAAGGGUGAGACUUUAAUAUCUAGGGAGAGUUAUGAUGACUUCUCUUCACAUGUGAGCCCACAUGCUCCCAGACAGACACUAAAACCUGAGAGUGCACAACAAGCACACUUUCAUCAGGAAAAAUGAAUUACAAGUGGGACUGGAUAUGCCCAGAUGUAAUUCCUGCUCUUGUUUGGUGUUUAAAGGGAGCCAGCGAAUUGCAAGUGGGAGUCUGUGACCUUCCAACGCACAAACACACACAAACUCCAAAAACUAGUGAGCUCUAAAGCCUUCAUAUUGCUGCACAUGCACCUCCAUGCCAUUAAUUUUCUUAAUAAGGAACAGUGUGUACUUCACUUCAAUGUCUACCAGACACAGCUCAUUAAUGCUAGUCAGAAGAGUGAGGUGAGGCGUAUUUUGAAAACCCUCAUCAUUUUAAAGCUGUACAUUCUGGGAUUGGGUAACAUUGGUUAAAUGUCUUCUUCCAUCUCUUUUGUGAGAAGAGAUGGCUUUAUUAUAGUGAUGAUUCUUCUGCCCUGAAUGUUUACCUUGGCGGGUUUUCCGCUGCUUUAAUUGGCCCUUUGUGCUGACCCCAGAGAGCAGGAUGAGAUACUGCAUGUUUAGGAGGAUGGAAAUAGCCUACACUUCCUGCCUUUUGGGACACCAAUGCUGCUGCAGUUAGCAGGAACUUCCCCACCAUCAGCCAGUGCAGCAAAGGCCUGGUCAUCAUACUUGUUAUCUUGUUAUAGUGGUUUCGCUGUCCACACUUACAUGAGAUGAUUUUGUGAUGUGGAAUGUUAAAGAGAAUAUUGAAAGGCUGAGGCAUGUAUUUUGCUUGUAUUUUGCUUUACGCACAAUUAGUUUCAAAACUGUAUGAAUUUGAAUUGGAAAUUAGUUAUACAGUUAAGUGAAAAAGUUGAGUGCACCCCUCCCCAUGAUUUAUGAAUGGAAAAUGAAAAUGUAAAUCACACAAAAAAAUAAACUUCUAAUAAGUUAAGAGUGAAAAGUGUGUCUUCAGCAAUCCAAAACAUAAUCAACAGUAAAAUACAUAGAAAAUAAGUUUUGCCGCAGCUCUCUAAGUCUUCACAUGUGCUCCACCCUGAAUGACGUCAUAUAAAUUAGUAUUGCAUAUUAAUCUUUAAAAUUAACACAUGAUUUUCAGUGGCAUCCGAGAUUUAUUUUGUAAUUAAAUUUUAAGUGAGUUUUUAAAAAAAAAUUUACAUUUACCUUUUAUUUUUCUUUUUAGGUUUAGGUUUUCAUUGACAUGUUGCUCUAUUUUUGCUUUGGUUAACGAUAUCCUACAUUACUCAAAAUGCCGUUUAACUACUUGCUUAUAGAGCUGCAGUGGGAUUUCAUCUCUACGUAAAGAGAGUCAUGCAGCAGCACUUUAGUCAUUUAGUCUGUCCAGCUCUCUCACCUCAUCUGUACACUCUGCUCAAACAGAUCAGCUUCCUCUGUGUCCACCUUUUGCUGUCUGCACUACUACACUGAAUUUCUUAUUAAUAUGACAAAAUAAUAAGUGAGAAAAGAAGCUCUUGCUCUUGACCAAUCUUGAGAAACAGACUAUUAUCCCUUAUGUUGAAUUUUUUUUUCUCAUUAAACAGUUUUAGCUGUGCCAGCCACAUCUUCCUGUGACCUCAGAGCAGCACACAAACCCUAACAUCUCAGAAAUGAGCCCAUCACAGAUAUUUCAAUAUAAACUUAUUUAAUAUGUUUCAGGGUGGACCUUCCUUCAAGAUUCCUUCAAGAACACAAAUUAAAAUUAGAAGAGAAAUGUUGGAACAUGGGGUGAAAAUUACAACUCAGAGGAUCCAAUAGCUGCUCAGAGGAUACAUAAGGGGUGGGAGGCAAUUAACAGAAGGCAUAUAAGUUAUUAGAAUAUUUAUAUCGCAUUCAGAAAGGGUGGUGCAAAUUUUUAGACUUAUAUAAUUCUUUUUGUCCUUAAUAUCUUAACAGGCACUUUUUACAUCUGUUACAAAACUAACAAAUUACAUGUUUUUUAAUUUUGUCCUAUGGGGUGUGCAAACAUUUGCACUUAGCUGUAUAUGAACUGUACAAUGCCAAUAGCAUGGGUUUAUAAAUAUAUGCAUUUAAAAGGGCAUAUCAUAAAUAGAUUUUCUGCAUGAAUUAUGGCUGUUCAGAAUCGUUACUGUCUGCAGCCUUUUCAUAAAGAAAAAAAAAAGAUUGUUCUGUCUGACUGUCCUUGAAAAAAACACAUUUCCACAAUACAGGCAGUAAAAUGUUUCUACUGGAUUGCAAAUUGCAAGAAGCCUAUGAAAUUAUUUAAACCCCAUCAUCUCUCUCUUUCAUACUCAGCCUGGCUUUCAGGAAUGGAGGGAGCUGAUCAAUCUCCCCUCUA